AUGGUUAUUGAUUUAAAACUUUUUGUCAGAAAGUUGAACCUUGAUCUGCUUUUUGACAAAAACUCUAGUAUGACUAACACUAUCAGAGUCUCUAGUUUGUUCAAUCCUCCCUUACACCCGAGUCUCAAUAUCUUUGAGAGAACAUGCGAAAUGGACUUUUGGGCAACUAAUAACAAGAGAAAUCAACAAGGUAAUCAUCAUAAUAUUAGUCAGUCUGAACAAGAAUUCUUAAAACUUUUGAAUGACUGUAAUAUAAGAGUCAUGAAACCUGAUAAGGGGGGAGGGCUGGUGUUCAUGGACCAUUGUGUUUAUGUAAAAAGUAUGAACACACUUCUUAAUACCGAUGUAUACAUGCAAGUUAUUCCAAACGAAGUAAAUUCAGCUCAUAAAAAAAUUAAAUCUAUGCGGAAUGAUUUAUUCUUAGAAGGUUACAUAGAUUUAGACCUGCAUCAAUACCUAACCAUGUUAGCACCUAGAACACCAGCCUUAUUUGGUUCUCCAAAAAUUCACAAAACCAUCAAUAACCCUCCCUUCAGGCCCAUUGUUGAUGGUCGUGGGUCUGUCACAUAUGGCUGUGCCAAAUACAUAGACCAUGUUCUCAAACCCCUAGGGGGCAGAGGGGUGGUGAAGUUAGAGUUAAAUUUAUCUGCUAGUAGGUGGGCUAUGUACUCAGAGGUACCAAAGUCUGUGUGCAGUGAAGCAUGUCACCCUGGAUACAGAAAAGUUGUGCAUCAAGGACAGCCAGUAUGUUGUUUUGAUUGUAUCCCUUGCUCAGAUGGAGAGGUUUCUAAUGAAUCUGGAAUUUGCAUAAAAUGCCCGGAAGAUUAUUGGUCAAAUACAGAGAAAGAUUUCUGCAUUGCAAAAUAUGUUGAAUUCCUCUCGUAUGAAGACCCCCUGGGUACCUCACUAGCUGCCAUUGCUGUUGUCUUCUCACUCAUGCCUGUGGGGGUUCUGUGUAUCUUCAUCAAACAUCAUGACACACCAGUUGUCAAAGCAAAUAACCGGGAAGUCAGCUACUUUCUCCUUAUAAGUAACUUGUUGUGCUUACUGACUGCUUUAAUAUUUAUUGGUCCUCCAAAGAAUGAAACAUGCAUUUUCAGACAGCCAGCUUUUGGCUUAUUCUUUUCUGUCUGUGUUUCUGCUGUACUUGCCAAGACUGUCACCGUAGUGAUUGCUUUUAAGGCAACAAAACCAGGAAGCCAAAUUAAGAAUCUGAUUGGGUCAAAGAUUUCAUUUUUAAUAAUAUGUUGUUGUUUUGUUUUUCAGUUUAUUUUAUGCGUGGUAUGGAUAUCAGUUUCUCCACCCUUCUCAGAGACUGACAAAAACCUUCCAGAGAAAACAGUGAUUCAGUGUAAUGAGGGUUCAGGGUUUAUGUUCUAUUGCAUGCUGGGAUAUUUAGGUAUGUUAGCAUCUGUAAGCCUGUUAAUAGCUUUUCUUGCUAGAAACCUGCCAGACAGCUUCAAUGAGACCAAAUUCAUCACAUUUAGUAUGAUUGUUUUUGUAAGUGUUUGGCUGACAUUUAUUCCAGCUUACAUCAGCACAAAGGGGAAAUAUAUGGUUGCUGUUGAGAUUUUUGCAAUUCUCUCAUCCAGCAUUGGAUUGCUGCUUUGCAUUUUUUUCCCCAAAUGCUAUAUUAUUGUAAUAAGACCAGACAUGAAUACCAAAGGAUACAUUGUCAGGCUGCAAACCACUGUCCCUCCAUUAUAA